AUGGCACAAUCCUUUGUCCUCCCAAAUUCCUUCCUGGUACUGCCGAAAGUGUCGUCAACCCUUCUUAUCUCUCUUGGGGCUGCAUAUGCCAGGGACACUCCAAUUACGUAUGAGGCCUUGGAGGCUCUCUUACUCGAUGCUGAGUGUCGUCAAGGUGAACAUGCACAACCACAAGUUGAUCCGACCAUAGGAGUUUUUGCAUUUGCUGCUGCUCAUGGUCGUGGAGGUCGAGGAAAAUCGUUUGGGAGAGGUUUUACCCCAAACCGCAAUAGCAGUCCCAAUUCUGGUGGCCGAGGUCAAUUCCGACCAAAUUUUAAUUUUCAGUGUAAUGGUACUUCUGGUGAUGCUUUCUCUUAUACUGUUUCAUACAGUCGCUGUCAGAUUUGUGGAAAUAAUAGGCAUCAGGCCCUUGAUUGUUUUACCCACAUGAACAUGACCUAUGAGGGUAGGGUUCAUACUCGUUGUCUCUCUGCUAUGGCAUCUCAGUCCAACACCAACCCUUACCCAAAUGCCAACACUUGGUUGAUUGACACAGGUGCAAACUCUCAUAUUACUUCUGAUCUUAGCACCUUGAACAACCCUCAAAAGACUUCAAAACCUAGAGGACACUUUUCUGAGGGAGAUGUGAAAAUGGGCUCUAUCCGCUACGCUCUAGACCACCUUUAUCAUUUCAAGAUUUGGCGGCAUCCAUUGGCACUCGUGUUUAUGCUCAAACUUGGCACUCAUGCUUGGGGCAUCCUGUAG